ACAAGCAACAAAUAGAAAGUUCGCCAAUCCUUCUUCAUCUCCUUCUUCAUAAUUUCUCUCUUCUACAACAACAAGAACAACAACAUUAACAGCUUUUUGCUUGAUACCCAAUUCAAUAUUUGCAACAAUAAAAACGUUCUACCCCAUCUUUCCUACAACUCUUUAAGUUAAACAAUGUCUGAAACUACUGCAACCCCAGAAGGUAAGCUUGUUAGCUCUUUUCUUUUCCGGAUGCGGCAAAAGAGAAGCUACAAAGCAUCUCUGCCUAGCCAACUCCUGUUAUUUCAACUAUGACCUCGAGAAUGUGCCACUUCGAGCAGAUACUGGCUGUUGGUGGUUCAUGUGCCUAGAAUUGCUUUCGAGGUUGACCAGCUCUAUCCCGCAUUACUUUUUCAAUGAGGGGUACUGUGCGCUGAAUCUUCAAAUUUAUAAGCAAGGAUCAUCAAAAGCUUUUCUUCUCCUACCACAAUACACACGAUAUCUAAACAUGUUGCUAAUCAUUACAAACUACAGUUCUCUGGGCUCAACGAUCCAACAAGACUGAGGCAGAAAAGAAUUUCAUCUACCUGACCAUCGGUGUUCCUGAUGUCAAAGAACCCAAGAUCGAACUCAAGUCCCAAUCCCUCACAUUCUCUGGCUACUCUGAAUCGCUCAAGCGUGCCUAUGCUGUCACAUUGGAAUUCUACGCUGAGAUCGAUGAGAGUGCUUCCAAGUACAACCACACUCAAAAGAACACUCAAUUCGUCUUGAGAAAGAAGGAGUUGAAGGAGGAAUUCUGGCCAAGAUUAUUAAAGGAUUCUAAGAAGGUUCACUUCUUGAAGACCGACUUCGAUAAGUGGGUUGAUGAGGAUGAGCAAGAUGAAGCUCCUGAGGAGGAUUUGAGCCAGAUGGGUGGUAUGGGUAAGUUGCUUUGUCUCUGAUUGAAAGAUUUGACAGUAAGCUAAUGAAUGUUACUCUAGGUGGAAUGCCAGGUAUGGGAGACAUGAUGGGAGGAGCCGGUGGAGAUUUCGGUGGUAUCGAUUUCUCAAAACUCGGUGGCGCAGGAAUGGGUGGGUUGGGAGGAAUGGGUGGUGAUGAUGAUGAGGGCGAUGAUGAUGAGGAUGACGAGGAGAUGCCAGGACUUGAAGGAGAGGAGGAAGCUGGAGAAGAGAAAGCUGGAGAAGAGAAAGCUGGAGAGCAACCCAAGGCAAAGAUUGAGGAAGUCGCAUAGAUAAUUCCUUUUUUGGAGAAGCGACUUCGUACACAUCAAUCAUUUCAUUCAAUUCAUUCAGUUCGUUCAAGAAAGCGGAGAUACUAGGAGUUCUCAGAUGAUACGAAAGGACUUGUAUGGAUAUCUUUUGCUCUUUACAUCAAAGUUCACAUCAGAGCAAUUUGAUGAGAGUUAGGGUAUACAAAUAGUGGACUCUUGGGUUCGUUUAUGGAACGGUAUAUUAUCGAGUUACUGGAUGCGAUUUGAAAGGAGGGGUGGAUGGAUGGAUGGAUGGAUGAAUAUAAAAUAAAAGUAACGAUUUAUCUUAUUUUAUCUGUGUAUAAAGUGAUAGUAUAAUUAUGAAUUCAUAUUACCAGUU